GGCUCGAUAAGCGAGUCGGAUUCCGAGUUAGGGGACCGAGUUAUUCUUAAUCAGAGAGACUGAGAGAGAAGCUAAGAGCAGAGAGAGUGACUGAGAGAUAUCGCAUCAUGGUUAGACCGGCGCCAAAUCCAGACGAUCCUCCGGUUGCUCCUACGAAAUUGAAGCAAAUUUUGAAUGUUUCCGUCGUCUUUUUUGCUGCAUACUUCUACCUGAUCUUCUAUCAUUAUCAAAUCGACCAGGAACUGAAGAAAUCCAUCUUCAUCAACUCUGUUAUGAGUUUCGCGGGGUUCAUUGUCACCCUUUUUCUCAUUUCUGUAGGCUCCAGGUACGUGCUGAGGCGCAAUCUCUUCGGCUACGACAUCAAUAAGAAAGGCACUCCUCAAGGUUCAAUUAAAGUGCCUGAAUCAUUGGGCAUUGUUGUUGGGAUUGUGUACUUGGUCUUGGCAAUAUUGUUUCAGUAUUUUAACUUCACCUCAGAUUCCAWUUGGCUUGUUGAGUACAAUGCAGCCUUAGCGUGUAUCUGUUUCAUGACUCUGCUUGGAUUUGUAGAUGAUGUUCUUGACGUUCCYUGGAGAGUAAAAUUGCUAUUGCCUUCAUUUGCAGCACUUCCUCUGUUGAUGGCAUAUGCUGGACAUACAACUAUCAUAAUACCAAAGCCCCUUAUUCCAUAUGUGGGYCUAAAGGUUUUAGAUCUAGGAUGGAUAUAUAAAUUCUAUAUGGGACUUUUAGCAGUAUUUUGUACAAACUCUAUCAACAUUCAUGCUGGCCUAAAUGGCCUAGAAGCUGGGCAGACAGUUGUCAUUGCAUCUGCUAUUUUGAUACAUAAUGUGAUGCAAAUUGGAGCAUCUACAGAUCCUGAAUAUCAACAAGCUCAUGCAUUCUCUAUUUACCUUAUCCAGCCUUUGCUCACAACUUCAUUGGCCUUGCUUUGUUACAACUGGUAUCCUUCUUCAGUUUUUGUGGGUGACACCUACACUUACUUUGCUGGGAUGACCAUGGCUGUAGUUGGCAUACUGGGACACUUCAGUGAAACACUCCUGAUCUUCUUCAUGCCGCAAAUUCUAAAUUUCCUCUUAUCGUUCCCUCAGCUUAUUGGCUACUAUAAAUGUCCACGACAUCGUUUGCCAAGCUUUGAUCCUCAGACAGGAUUGCUUACUGGGACAGAUGAUGGAACACUUGUCAACAAAUUUUUAAGAUGGUUUGGCCGAGCAACAGAGAAAUCACUUUGCCUAUGGCUUCUUGCUUUCCAGGUUUUUGGGUGCUGCAUCUGUUUUCUGCUAAGGCAUUUGCUUGCCGGUUGGUACAAAUGAAGCAUCAACAAACUUGAAACUAUGCCUUCAUCUUGCUCUCAUGAUGGAACCCUAACUCUGAACCAGCUGAGUCUUUUUUUUUUUUUUUGAGUCUAGCCUUAAGUUUAUAUUUAGGUACAACAAAAAUUAGCAGCAGAUAGGUUAAGAGGCAUACCUGGCCAUGAAAACGCAAUUCUCUUCUGCCAGUUGUGAGCUCAUGUGGGAUAUGAUGGAGCCUGGGAUGGAUUAAGGUCCGAGCUUUUUCCCUCAGAGCUGAUGUAUUUUGUCAGUGUUUGUAUAUUUGUUUUACUUUUAAAUAGGAAUUUUGUGGACAAUAAUAGUUCAUUAAUGGUUACUGUUACAAGUUUUGGGGUGUUUGAAGAUCUGGUUAAAUAUUAAGUGGCAAUUGGAAUGACAUUUUACCCUGUGCCUUUAUUUCCUCA